AUGUCGACAACGGUAAAAAUGUUCAUGCUGGUCCAAGGCUGGGGAAAGUGGGCCAGACGGCUGAUCGGACGAGCGCUGAGGCUCACGGCCAAGCGAAUGAAACUUGGUCUUCAGAGGGAUGAAGCAGGGGUCCCGGCUGGAAUCGUCACCUAUGCGAGGAGGAUCGGCGGCCUGUUCACCCGUCUCCGCCUCCACCUUGCCGUCUCCAUUUCCCCCAAUAUCCUCACCUUCUGUGAAGACAAGGUCGCCCCUCUUUCCGAGUGCCUCCUUACCUGCCUCUUCAAGGAGGAUGCCAAGGGCGAGAAGAGCCGUCUCAUCCAUGCUCGCCUCGUUUAUGUUUCGCCGACCGACGUAGUGCGCUUCACGUCUGCCAUGAUCCCCGAGAGCGUCGUAGAAGCGACUCGCGUACGAGUGAACGGACUUGAGGAGAUCGCUCGAUGGCAGGAUCCCUUGUCCCCGCCUGGCAAGUCUCGCUCGUGCGCCAUGUAG